UUUAAGAAUUAAGAGAGAGUACAGUAAUAUUUUUAUUGUUUGAACUUUAGAAAGAUUGAAACACCGACAUAAAAACGAGCUUGAAAAUUGAAAUUCAUAGUUAAAUAUGGGGCCAAAUCAUUGCAUCUUAACCAUGUUCAUCAUCUUCCCAAGUUUGAUUGCUUCUUCCCAGCAAAUAAUCUGUUGAUUGGGAAAAUGCUGUUAAUCCGAGGAUUCAAAACUAUAUUGUUAGGAUUGAAAAUGGCUAUAAACCUGCUGCAUAUUUUGAUGUUGUGGAGUGGUAUAGCUCCAUUCUUAAUAGCAUUGGAUUCAAUGUUGUCCAAGAGGAAGGAGGGAAAGGCAGUAGUAAUUUCCUUCAUGUUUAUGGAACUGUCUUUCAUGGAUUCUCUGCUCGAUUGACCUUUGAGCAAGCCCAGUUGCUUAAAACCCAACCUGGUGUACUUGGACUCUUCUCAGACCAAGUUUACCACCUUCAAACGACAAGAACACCAUAUUUCCUUGGGCUCGAUUCCUACCAUGAACCGGUGGGUUUGUUGAAGGAGUCUGACUUAGGCUCUGAUGUUGUGAUUGGUUUUCUUGAUUCUGGGAUUUCGCCUGAGAGCCCAAGCUUCAGCGAUGAGGGGCUAAGCUCAGUCCCUACCCACUUCAAGGGGGUUUGUGACGGAGGCAUAGACUUUCCUUCCUCAUUGUGUAAUAAGAAAAUAGUUGGGGCCAGGUACUUUUCUAGAGGGAUACUAACAAUGAAGGGCACUAAUGAGGAAGAGCCUCAGUCAGCUAGAGACUAUGAAGGGCAUGGGACUCACACAGCUUCAACGGCAGCAGGUAGAGGCCUUAAUGCCUCUUUCUUCGGCUAUGCUGAAGGAAGGGCCACUGGGAUUGCACCCAAGGCAAGACUGGCCAUAUACAAGGUUUGUUGGACAAAUGGGUGUGUGGCAUCCGACAUAUUGGCUGCAUUGGACAAGGCGGUCCAAGAUGGGGUUGAUAUUAUUUCCCUCUCUCUUGGUGGUUCUCCAACACGGUAUUCUACUGACCCCAUUGCAAUAGGGUGUUUUGCAGCUGUUGAGAAGGGGAUCUUUGUCUCAGCUUCAGCAGGAAAUACUGGGCCUGAAUUCAGAACAGUAUCAAACAUAGCUCCAUGGAUUACCACUGUUGGGGCGAGUUCUAUUGACCGGACCUUCCCUGCUGAUCUUGUCCUUGGAAAUGGCAUCAUAUUCACUGGAGCUUCUCUAUAUACUGGUGAACCGAUGAAGGAUAAACAAUUCUUCCCUAUCAUUGAUUUGGGGGGUUCAAAUUGUGAAGCAGAUUAUUUAGAUCAUGACUUGGUCAAAGGUAAAAUAGUUGUCUGUUUACGUGGUUUUAUCAGCUCAAUACAGAAAGGCUUGAAUGUUAAGGAUGCAGGAGGAUUGGGCGUUGUUAUUGCCAAUGAUGAAGUUCAAGGGGAGAGUCUAAAAAGUGAUCCACAUUUGGUCCCUGGAUUAUCCAUUACCAAAUCUUCCUAUGAUAAACUUGUUGGCUACUUGAAUUCAACUCGAAAUCCCAAGGCCACAAUGGUGUUCCAUGGGACUAAGGUUGGCGGCAGUCUAGCCCCAGCAGUGGCUGCAUUUUCAUCUCGGGGUCCUCACUUUGAGUCUAUUUACCUUCUCAAGCCUGAUAUAAUUGCUCCUGGUGUUGACAUCCUUGCUGCUUGGCCCAAUAAGGUUCCACCUUCUGGAUUGGGACUCACAGAGGAUUCACGACAUUCCUGGUUUAAUAUCAUAUCUGGAACUUCCAUGUCUUGCCCUCACGUGUCAGGCAUUGCAGCCCUUCUCAAGGGAGCUCACUCAGACUGGUCACCAGCCAUGAUUCGUUCAGCUUUAAUGACAACCUCGUAUAAUUAUUACUCUAAUGGUAAGCCUUUAGUAGAUCAAAAAUCUUACACUGAAGCAUCAAUCUGGGCCACUGGUGCAGGCCAUGUACAUCCUGUAAUGGCAAAUGAUCCAGGUUUGACUUAUGACAUAGAUAUGGACUCUUAUGUUGAUUUCCUUUGUGCCUCUAAAUAUACUGAGGAUGAAAUAAGGACCAUUGCUAGGAGGGUUGUUAGCUGUGACAAGAAGGCUCUUAAGCAAUGGGAACUGAAUUAUCCAGCCAUCAUUGUCGCAUUCAAUCAAACCCAAGAGAAUAGUGCAAUUGAGUUUAUUGUCACAAGGACUUUAACCAAUGUGGGUGUGAUAGCGUCUAAAUAUACAGCUAUAAUUUCCAGCCCUAAAGGGACACUUGUGACUGUUAAUCCUCCCAAAUUAAGUUUCAAGGUGAAGGGUGAGAAGCAAAACUUCAGAGUCAAAGUCUUAACCACGAAAAUUCCUUUCAAGGAUGAAGAGGUGGGUUGGCUGACUUGGACAGACAGUCAGCACAAUGUUACAAUUCCUCUGGUUGUGGUUUUUAAGAACAAUCACUAGAUUUGCAUGAUGAAAAUUACAUUAUUAAUAAUUUUAGUAAUAGUUCGUUUUGAAAAUUGUAAUGUUAGCAAUAUCCUAUUGUUUAUGCUUAAGGCAAUUCAGAGA